ACAGUGGUCACCUGGAAUGUGGGCACAGCCAUGCCCCCGAACGAUGUGACAUCUCUGCUGCACCUCAACACAGGCGAGACAAACGAUGCAGACGUGAUUGCCAUUGGGCUGCAAGAGGUGAACUCUAAGAUAAACAAGCGCCUGAAGGAUGCCCUCUUCACAGAUCAGUGGAGUGAGCUCUUCAUGGAUGUGCUGAGCCCCUUCCACUUUGUCCUGGUCAGCACAGUGCGGAUGCAAGGUGUGAUCCUACUGGUAUUUGCCAAGUACUACCACCUCCCCUUCCUGCAGGACAUCCAGACGGACUGCACGAGGACGGGACUGGGAGGCUACUGGGGCAACAAGGGCGGGGUGAGUGUUCGUCUCUCCAUCUUCGGCCACAUGGUCUGCUUCCUGAACUGCCACCUGCCACCGCACGCGGAGCAGCGCAAGGAGGACUUUGCCACCAUACUGCACAUGCAGCAGUUCGAGGGGCAUGCGGCCAGCGGCAUCCUGGACCAUGACCUUGUGUUCUGGUUUGGGGACCUCAACUUCCGCAUCGAGAGCCUUGACAUCCGCUUUGUGAAGUACGCCAUUGACAGCAACAUCCUUAGCCAGCUCUGGGAGAAGGACCAGCUGAACAUUGCCAAGAGCACCUGGCCUGUCCUCAGCGGCUUUCAGGAGGGACCUUUGAACUUCCCACCUACCUUCAAGUUUGACGUGGGCACCAACAAGUAUGACAGCAGUGCCAAGAAGCGAAAACCUGCCUGGACUGACCGCAUCCUCUGGAAGAUCAAAUCUCCCAGUAUUGGGUUUGGUGCGGGCGGGCGCCAGCCCAGCCGGGGUGUCCUGUCAGUGAGCCAGCUGUGCUACUGCAGCCACAUGUGCCUGGGGGCUGCUGUUGGUGUAUGUGCAAGGGCCCAGCCCUGGAUGGGUGCCCUGGGCAGCAGGGGCAGCUCUCUUUGGCAUGCCCUUGCUCACCAUGUGUAUGUCUCUUGGCAGUUUGCUUCCAAGGCAGACAAGCCUCUGGUUGAGAUUUACGUGGCUGAUGAAUGGAGCCGGCCUGAGCAAGCAGUUGUCAGGUACAAGAUGGCUGCUGGCUUUCACCGGAGCUCCUGGGACUGGAUAGGACUCUACCGGGUGGGCUUCCGGCAUCCUAAAGAUUACGUGUCCUAUGUCUGGGCCAGGAGUGAUGAUGGAGAGCGCUGCCUGGAGAAGCAACUGUGUGCACAGGUGAUGUUCUCAGAGGAGGCGCUGCCCAAGGGGAAGGGCGAGUACAUCCUUGGAUACUACAGCAACACCUCCAGCAGCAUUGCUGGCAUGACUGAGCCCUUCCAGAUCUCCCUGCCCAGGUCGGAGGAGGGCAGCAGCUCCACGGACAGCUCAGGCAGCAGCUCAGAAGAGGAGGAUGACAGCAUGCUUGUCCUGCUGGCACCCAAAUCCCGUACAUCAAGCCGGGACAGGGGCACAAGCCGCAGCCCUUCACCCCAGAGCCGCCAAGGCCUCCCGGGGGACAUCCCCACCAUCCAUGUGCCCCAGGAGGAACCAGGGCACUGUGGAGCCAAAGCCAAGGAGCCAGGGCGGGCAGCUGAAAGCAAGGAGGGCCGCUCCUUCUCCCAGACUGUGCAGGAGCAGGGUGGCCCCUGGCGUGCCUCUGCUGGCAGCCCCCUGGCCAAGGCUGACCCCAGGAACCUGGGCUUGCUGCCCGCUCUCCGCCUGGAGAUGAUCAACCAGGCCAUGGGCUGGCGGCAGGAGAGUGUGGACCAGGGCUAACCCUGCCAAAGGAUAAGCCCCACCAGCCCCCCAGGCUGCAGCACCUCCCCAAAGGAGGGGAGCAACCUCCAGGAGCUGGACAGCCGUAGCUGUGCCAUGGGCCGCUGA